GUGGGGACGCGCGCGGCAGGUAAGCAGCCGAGCAGGACCGUGCGCCUAGAAUGUGGACGACUAUGGUACAAACAUAAGUAUUAGAGGUUUGCACGACGUCUGGUGUGUGCGAGCUCACAGUCACAAAAGAAACGAUGUCCACUGGCGAACUGACGGCUCCGUCAUGCGGCGAUCGAUAAAAAUGCCGCGAGGCCACCACGCGAGACGAACGCAAACGAAGUGCGGAAAAUAGGCCUAUUUUUUCUUCUUCCUCGUAGAGAUAUUUCGGAAGAGGGAGUGCGUGCCUUCCUCUCAGCUGAUUCGCCGAGACGAGGGCUUCGAUUCGAUCCAGGAGUCGCCCAAAUCGUCUUGUCUUCGACUUCGGUUCAACCCCCGAAACGAAAUUUCUAGGGACACGAGAUCCUCUAGAGGGUUGUGCUGUUUGGCGUGAGGCUUUGGGGGCGAUUUGCUUUGCUCGCAUGGGGGAUCAUGUCGCUGUGGAUGUUGGGGAGCUCGUUGCGUCCCGAGUCGGUGAGGCAGCGGGGCUAUUGUCCGGCGGCAAGGAGGAAAUGAAGGCGCUGGCUGGGAUGGUGGAGUGCCGCAUUUGCCAGGAGGAGGACCUCGCAAAGAACCUCGAGAGCCCCUGUGCUUGCAGCGGCAGCCUCAAGUAUGCUCACAGGGAAUGUGUGCAACGUUGGUGCAAUGAGAAAGGAGAUAUAAUCUGUGAAAUCUGCCAUGAGUCGUACAAGCCUGGUUACACUGCCCCAACCCAGGUGCAUCAUGAUGAAACUACCAUAGAGAUAAGUGGUGGAGAUUGGACCAUCUCUGGCAACCGUUUGGAUUUACAUGAUCCCAGAAUAUUGGCAAUGGCUGCUGCUCAACACCGUUUACUUGAAGACGAGUACGAUGAAUAUACUGCAACAAACAAUAACGCUGCUGUGUUUUGCCGCUCUAUAUUUCUGAUUUUGAUGGCCCUUCUGCUCCUGAGGCAUACAUUGACCAUUACUAACAGUGAUGAUGAAGAUGAUGCAUCUGCUAUUUUCUCGCUAUUUCUUUUGAGAGCCGCUGGAUUUUUGCUGCCAUGCUAUAUUAUGGCUUGGGCUAUUAGUAUCAUGCAGCGUCAAAGACAAAGACAGGAAGAAGCAAUGCUGUUACCAACGGAAGUGGCGAUCAUUCUGCACCCGGACGGAAGAACAAUGCAAUUUGCGGUGGCACCAGCGGAAUCUCCUGCAUCACAUCAGUGACAGGCUCACAGGCCUGCCUCGGAAUCUCAGCAUCUGGUCUUAAAGGUGGAAAGACGAGGACGUUGUGCAAUUCAUGUUGUGCCUUCGAAUUUAGUUAACUUUCAAGCGGAGAUUCAAUGUUUGUUCGAUGGGCUCUCAGCACCUUCUGUACAUAAAGAGAUUUAUCUAAUAACUAAUAAGUGAAUAUAAGUUAAAUCAACACAAAGUUUGAUUUUGUAUUGUGGUAUA